UUGAGAGUGAAUUGUGUGCCUAGAUUUUUGUUAAAUCCUAAAUUAAGAUGUUAUGAUGGCAUCACCGUAAUAAAAGGAAAAUUAUUAGAUGUGUCCAGUGUUACUAAUUAUGUUUACCACACAGUGUGGUCAUGUCCCGAAGAGUGUGAAGACAAUGAGGUAAUUUUGCGUAAUAUACCAAAAGUGCCGCCAAAAUGCUAUUCAUGUAAAAGUACGCUCUUUGAAAACAGUGGCUUAAGAAAGUGUGGUGAUAAAGUUGAUGCAACGUUUAAAUUGGAUACAGAAAUAUUGCCAAGAAAAUUUGUUAUGGUGGAUGAUUUAAUGACGAAACUGAAAUUGGGAUACGAAUAUCUGCUAUAUAUAUCAGUUCUGAAAAAACGGACCAUUGUUUGGUCCAUACAAGAAGUAGUUCCUCUGCCAGCACCAUUCACUUCUUCAAUACCUGAUGACAUAAAGGAAUUAUUUGAUAAAUGCAAAGGCGUUCCUUGGAAAUUUUUGUACUGUUUGGCUUCGACUAUAGGAGGAAGAAUAUGUCCUUUGAAUAAUUUUAUGACUGCUAAGAUCGGUUUAUUACUGAGCCUGGCCAGUGUGAAGGCUAAUGUUUACUGUGGGUCUCCAAUUCUGCAUUUUCUAGGAAGUGGUAAUGAUCUAGGAUACCUAGGCAGACUUAUAUGCGAAGCUGCCUUACUAGCAGAUUCUACUGCGAAUAUUGGUACUAAUUCAUCGAUUUCAACUUGUCUGACCAGCGCCUCAGGUGGCAUUUGUUUUAUGCCGCUACCGCUGCAAGCUUAUAGUCAAAAACAGAUACAUUCUAUAUUAUCUAUCAUAGAAACUGGUGAUAUUCCACCAAAUAAAGCAAAAUUACGGUGUGCCGUAUGGGCGUUUGGUAGUGACUUUAAGAAGAUUAUUUUAAAUAACUUCGGUAGCGUUUUUGGAACUGUUUACCGUGGAGACUGUGGAGAAUACGCCGACGAAUUGGCAGAUUUCAUGCUAGAAGGGGCUAUAAAUCCGUCUGCAGUUACAAAUGAGGAAAAGCAAGCUUUGAAUGACAUUCGUAAAUAUAUAGAUAUAGUAGCGAAUGUAAGGGUCUCUUUAGAUGAGGAGGGGGAAACGUUAUUGAGGAGUUAUUUUCUCGCAGCUCGAAAGGAGCGGCCAAAAGCGGUUACGGUCGGAAAUUUUGAGGCUUUAGUGUCCACUUGCAUCACUUCAGCUAGACUCUGUAGAAGGGAAGUAGCGAACAUUCAUGAUGCUGUCUUCGCUAUAUGGCUUCACGUCAGCGGCAUGACAGAACCUAGGUUUGCUCCGGAAGAAUAUCUGAACACUCCGGCAGAUAUAGCAAAGCUGAAGAAUGUUAUGAAAAAAUUUACUGAGUGGCUAGAAAAUUUUACAGGCUGCAAUUCUCAUUGA